AUGAAUAAUCUCAAUGAUCCAAUGUUUUCAACUCCUUAUCAAUUCUCUCGUUGGUCGCCAUCAUUGAUUCGACCUUCGAACCAUUUCACUUCGACGAAAAGCUCCUUACAACCAGAAUCUCGUUCACAUUCACCUCCUCCACUUUAUCAACCGGCACCAACACCAGACCUCGAUGAAGAAUCAACAACAGUUUCAUCUCAAACACCAGUUCGCAUCAAAUCGGCAAUGUUAGCAGUUCCGUUAAAAGCCAAUUUCGAAGAAGGUACAUCGAAUAGCUUUGCGAAACAAUCUCAUGAAAGACGAAAAAUUGCUCAGGAAAGAAAAUUACGCAAACAACAAGCGCAGAAAUUCGCACAUAUCGAUUCUGAUAAUUGGUUCCAUUUAAGACAAACAUCCGCACCGUUGAAACGCUUGAUAAAAACAGACGAAUGUCUGAUUGACUUACAAACAAUGCAGUUAAAUUAUGAAAAACUAAAGCACACGAUCCUUCAAGAACCAAAUCGAAAAUCUGAAUCAGGUUGUAUUCGACCACGAACCAGUGUACCAAAAUCAGCAAGUUUGACAACUCAACCUCGACUAUCUAAACGAACAACGGAUGUCUACUCAAAACCAGUUCUUGAAGCGUUUAUUGUUGCUUCUAAACCACUGCAUUCACUCCAAACCAUUGAUAACACCCAUUCACCAAAAACUAGAUUUAAAGUUACAAAACCACCCUCAUCUGCACCUCCACGAAUGCGUUCCUCUCCUUUAUCAACAGCAACAACAACAACAACAACGCAUCCACCUUGUCCUCCCGCACCGAUACUUCCACCCACUACAAAUGAAACUCUUCCAGUGAUUGAAGAACAACCUUCGAUCGUCUCCACUGAGCCAUUCGUCCGUCCUAAAACUGCAUCUCAGACUUCAAUCAAAUCGACAAUUAAACUACAAAAUCAAAUUCCACGCUGUCGUAGUGCAAUUGAUACCAAAUCAUCAAGUAAACCGUCUCCACGUUUUAUUUUAAUAACCGAUGACGAACAUCGCAUCGAAUGUUGGUAUCAUCGUUACCCUUUUAUCAUCAGUUCAGAUUUUCUUCAAUCAUUUCAAUCCAAAUCAUCACCACCAACUAUUUCCGCUUAUUUUAUCGAUGAAAAUUCUCAAUCGAUCGACGUGAAUAAAAUCAGCAAAGGUCAUUUACAAGACAAACCAUUUCAUCGCGACUAUGAUUGGAAGAAAUACGAUCUCAUUCUAAUCUCAGACAAAAUCUAUCAGAACACGAUGAUUUACUUACAACCGAUCGUUAAUUUAGUCAGCAAAUCAUCAGGAAAGCCUAUUCAAAUUCAUCAGGUCAAUCAACAGGAAGAUCUGAAAACGCAAGUGACAUGUUUUUGUAAACAAUUUUCUGUAUGA